AUGAACAAUUCUUUCAAUAAUCUGCAACUGGGACAGCCACUUUAUUUCAACAACUCUACGUCUACUUCCGGAACAAAUAGUACGGCUGCAGCAGGUGCAUCGACAGGAGCAACGGCGUCUGUAUCUGAUCCACAAUCGAACAAUAAUCCAAAUAUCCAUAACAAUAAUUCCAACAAUCACGCCAAUUCUGUCUUGAACAACACAAGAGCGUCGUCAACAAGUAAUAAUAACCACCACGUUAACACAGGUGACCACACCAAUGGACACAUGCUGGUGAGUAACAAUCAACUUAGAAACAGUACAAGUCGACACCCAAGCAACGAGUCGAUAAACCCUGAAAAUGAAGCGAUCGAAAUGAACCCGUCAUCAAACGCAUUGACGGGCCAACCAACGAGUAACGACUUUUAUCAAUUGAUUGGACAACUUCAGCAGCAGAAUACUAUCAAUAACCAGUUAAUGAUGAAAAUAAAUUACCUAUCAGACUCGGUGGAUGAAGUCAAACGAAGUCUUCUGGAUAUCCAACAACUGGUAUAUACCCUUCAGAAUAAUGGCCCAGCGGCAGCCGCAGCAAUGGGAGGAGCAUUUACAGGGAACGUGACUAAUCAAUUCAAGGCGUUUGAAGUGUUUACAAAACAUUUGACAAAAUUGAAUAAGGAGAUUGAAGCAAUCAAUGUCCAAAAUCUGGGCGGCCAAUCUAUACCUCAACAUCAGCUUCUGCGACAACAACUGCAGCAACCUCAUCAGUCGCACCCUCACUCGUCACAGCAACAUGUAAAUACAGAGCUACAAUCGCAGAACCAUUUGAGUGUUGCAAAUAAUUCUAUAGCCCACGACAAUAGCCUACAUCACAACCAAGCACAAUCAACUAAUAAUCAGCCAUUUGAUGAUGAUGCAGACCUCGGUCGGAAAAAUGUUGUACUGAGAUCUCCAGGUGUCAAUUCAAACUCAACAUCACCCUACGUGUUUGAACUUGGAGGUUUCCCUACUGUGCGUAACAAUUUGAAUGGUAAUAUCAAUUAUGAUAAGUCACCAAUUGCCCUGUCGCAAAUACCACAUCAGCUCAAGCGGUCGCAACAAACCAAACAGUCCAUGGUGCCAUCUACGCAACCGCAGCAACAAAUACAAACAUUGCCACAGCAGCAAUUGCAUGUGGCUCAACACGGGCAAUCUCAGAGGCCCCCAAGCCUAGCUCAACAUCUGCAACAACAGUUGCACACUAGUAAUCACAGCCUGGUGGCACAUCCACAACAAGCGUCAAAUACCUUUUCCAAUUCCUACAUGCUCCCCGUACCUCCAUUAUUGCACGAUGACAAAACGGGUGGGUUAACACAAGGCGCCGACUCUUCGUCGCAGUAUUUGUUGUCUCGAGACAACAGCGGGUUGUUGACAUCAGCAUUGAGACAGCAGGCCUCACACACAAGGUCGAUUCCGCCACAAGCCAACACUGCAUUUUCAUUUGAUGAUAAUGAUAUUGAACAGAGCAUAGGAGAGUUAGAACAGCAAACGGGGUCCAGCGCGAGUAGUGCUCAUAAUGCAACAGCUAACAGCACACAAGUUAAUGUGCACAAACAGCUCUCUGACAAACCGUACCCUUCAAAGAAGCGUAAAGUUGCGCCUGAGAUUAAAUCUGGCGAUUUAGAAGAAACAGAAGUACCACAAUAUAAAUUGGAAAGAAGCCUUAAACUGAUUGCUGAUAUCUGGAAAGAAUUUGCGUAUGGAGUUAAUGGCAAACCGCCAUUGAAAUCACUCGAAGCCAAGUACGGAACCAAAUGGAGGAAUGAGACCGAGUCGCGAACUUUUCUUCGACGUAAAAAGAUUUACGAAGCAAUCGAAGUUGGUAAAAGCAAAGGGUACAGCGAAGACGACGUUAUACUUGAAUUGGAAGAUUAUCGAAGUUUUGAAAAAAAUGGGUCAUUAAAGAAAAAACCAUUGCUGUGGGUUAGUUCGAACAUUCCUGAAAAAUUCACUGAGCCAGGGGAUGAGUAG